UCAGCCCCGGAACCUAUUGCCUUUCUUGAACUUCCUGAGCAUGCGGAAUGAUCAUCUGCUCUGCGCGAGGAUGAGCUUGCAAAGGUGGCAGUUUAUUCUCCUCUUUCCCGCUGCUUACUUGGAAGAUUAAUUUUGGAUCAGAAACAGUCCAAAUUAGUUAACAGAUUUCCAAGCAGAGAGGCUUGCCAGAGGGGCCCCGGAAGCCUUCCUCUUAAACAGAACAAGCCCGUUUCUCCUUGGUAGCCGGGAUAGGAGGCUAGGAAGACUCCGAGCAAGGGAGGCCCAGGUGCUGCGCUGAUUUUGAGUAAGAUGUCGAUGGACGUCACUUUCCUGGGAACGGGUGCUGCAUAUCCGUCGCCAACUAGAGGAGCCUCAGCUAUAGUAGUCCGUUUUGAAGGAGAAUGCUGGCUCUUUGAUUGUGGUGAAGGGACACAAACCCAGUUCAUGAAAAGUCAUCUGAAAGCAGGUAGAAUUACCAAGAUCUUCAUAACUCACCUUCAUGGCGACCACCUCUUUGGCCUUCCUGGACUGCUUUGUACUAUUAGCCUCCAGAGUAGCCCGGCCACAAACAAACUACCGGUUGAUAUUUAUGGACCGCUGGGGCUGAGGAGCUUCCUGUGGAGAACUAUGGAACUUUCCCACUCACAACUUGCCUUCCCUUACAUUGUUCACGAACUGGUGCCUACACCAGAUCAGUGCCCUGCGGAGGAACAGAACGAGCUGUCUUUCCAGGAGAAAGAUGAGGUCUCAUUUGAAGGGACACAAGGGAAAACUGUUCAUCUGGAUCCUGUAGAAGACUCAUACACUUUGGUGGACAAUGCUCAGUUUGUGAUGAAGGCGUUUCGACUAUUUCACCGCAUACCUUCCUUUGGAUUUGUAGUGGAAGAGAAGCCACGGGCUGGCAGACUCAAUGCCCAGAAGCUGAAGGAACUAGGAGUUCAGCCAGGCCCUUUAUAUGGCAAACUGAAAGAAGGUGUUACAGUUGUCUUAGAAAAUGGCACAACCAUCUGUCCUUCAGAUGUCACAGAAGACCCUCUCCCUGGCAGAAAAGUUUGCAUUUUAGGAGAUUGUUCUGGUAUUGUUGGAGACGGAGCAGUGACCCUUUGUUAUGAAGCUGAUCUCUUGGUUCACGAAGCCACGCUGGAUGAUACCCAAGUGGACAAAGCGAAGGAGCAUGGCCACAGCACCCCCAAAAUGGCAGCAGAGUUUGCAAAGCUGUGUAAAGCAAAGAGACUGGUUCUGUCUCACUUCAGUCAGAGGUAUAAGCCAGCCAGUCAGAUUGGCGAAGGAGAUGUGGAUGUCGUGGAGUUGAAGAGGCAAGCUGAGUUGGUGUUGGAUGGACAAGAAUUGGUGUUGGCAGAGGAUUUUAUGACCAUAGGUGUUCCAAUGAAAAAGCCACUGCCUAAUUAGAGAGAGAAAAGUUAAUUUGACUGAAUCUACUGUUUGCUUUCAGAUUAAUUUCUUAAGGCCUAGUGGGAGUGGGGGCUAGGGGCCUGAUUCAUUGGACUGAGGUCACAUCUUCACCGUACUUUUAAUGCACUCUCAUACCACUUUGUCAUGACUUCCCCCAAAGGAUCCUGGGAACUGUUUGUUAGGACUGCAGUUCCCAGGAUCCUUUGGGGAAGCCAUGUCUCUUAAAGUAGUAUAAGAGUGCUUUAAAGGUAUGGUGUGUGGAUGUGACCUUACCUGUGGGCCUCUUAGCAUCUUCUUCUAUGCAGUACUACACACCACUGAUGCCUUAGCAGGGCUGCAGAGAGGUGACCUGGGUAAAACUUAGUCUUGGGGCCCUCUUUCAGUAGAAAACGUAGGGUGCUGGCCAGUAAAGUCAUAGUAGAACUAUUAAAUUAAUGGACUUAAGCAGAGGUGUCUAAACUUUGUCCCUCCAGGCGUUGCUGGACUCCAACUCCCAUAAUUCCUGACUUCUGGCUGGGGCUGAUGGGAGUUGGAGUCCAACAGCAUCUGGAGGGACACAGGCUCCCCACCCCUGUUUUGCUAAGUGUUGCACAUGGCAGUUCUAUCACAUUUCCUUUCCAACCUCUAGAAACAAUGUUUUAUAAAACUACUCAAAAAUUGAUUCCUCCUCCAGCAGAGAGGGUAUCGAUUUGAAAGAGAAUUUGUCUCAGGGAAGAGAAAAUCCACAGGCAGGGAAGGGAACAGACUUUCCCCAAAGGGCCAGGCCUUUGCAUGCUGGCCAUCCUGGUAGUUAGGCCAUCAUCAUGCCAUGGUGAGGCCAUCAUCCUAGGCCAUGCUUUGAUUUGGAUUCUUGCAUUGAACAGGGGGUUGGACUUGAUGGCCUUAUAGGCCCCUUCCAACUCUACUAUUCUAUGAUUCUAUGAUCAUCUUCAGUUUGUGGUGCCACUUUCCCACAAAAUUGUUCCCAUCCUGGCAUACAACGUGCCAAUAACAGUAAUAAACAUAACAAUUCAAAUGACAUAUUAAAAAAAUAAUGUCAAUAAAUAUAGAAAACAAAUCUGCACAACAUUAUAUAAAGCAAUACAAAUAUAUUAGGUUAGCUUAAAACUGAAUGGGAAUGAACAUGUCUGACAUGCCUCAGUUAAAGAACUUCAAAAGCUUGGUGUUUUUUGGUUUUAAACAAUCUUGAGAAUUGGUUGGUGCACCUUUUCAUUUACAGAAAAUUUUAAAAAACCCUGAAAUGUAAGUUUCUGUUUCUAUUGUUUUAUGCUAUCCUAACACAAAUUAAAUGGCUGGGCCUACCCUCUGAAACUACCAGGUAGGUUGCUCCUCUGGGUCUCCCAUCUCCUGAA